GCAGCAAGCUUCAGGGAAGUGCAGAGUUGAGGCCUUACUCUCAUCGCCAGGCAAGAGCAGCGCCAGAGGCAGGCAAGAUGUCGGGGCUGCUCGGUAACCUGUCGUGCCAGCACUCCAUCGAUGACUUCCGGAACCGCGUCUACUCCACGCUCUACUCCAUGAUCAGCAUCGUGGGCUUCGUGGGCAACGGGGUGGUGCUCUACGUCCUCAUCAAAACCUACCAGCAGAGGACAGCCUUCCAGGUCUACAUGAUGAACCUGGCCGUGUCCGACUUCCUCUGCGUGUGCACCCUGCCUCUGCGCGUCAUCUACUACGUCCACAAAGGCAACUGGUUCUUCGGCGACCUCCUCUGCAGGAUCAGCUCCUACGCCCUCUACGUCAACCUGUACUGCAGCAUCUUCUUCAUGACUGCCAUGAGCUUCUUCCGCUGCAUAGCCAUCGUCUUCCCGGUCCAGAACAUCCACUUGGUGACGGAGAAGAAGGCAAAGUUUGUCUGCGUGGGGGUCUGGCUGUUCGUCACCCUGACGAGCGCUCCCUUCCUGCGCAACGGGACCUACCGCCACGGCAACAAGACCAAGUGCUUCGAACCCCCCGAGGACUCCCAGAAGACAAACAUGGUGGUGAUCCUGGAUCUCAUCGCCCUCUUCGUGGGCUUUAUCGUCCCCUUCGUCGUCAUCACCAUCUGCUACGCCAUGAUCAUAAGGACCUUGCUGAAGAACUCGCUGAGGAAGAACCAGGGCAGCCGCAGGAAGGCCGUCUGGAUGAUCGUCAUCGUCACGCUCACCUUCCUGGUGAGCUUCACCCCCUACCACGUCCUGCGGACCGUCCACCUCCACGUGCUGCGGCUCAACACCGGCUGCGAGGACGCCGUCAAGCUGCAGAAAUCCGUCGUGGUGACCCUCCCCUUGGCAGCUGCCAACUGCUGCUUCGACCCUCUCCUCUAUUUCUUCUCGGGAGGCAACUUUCGGAAGAGGCUGAGCACCCUCAGGAAAGGUUCUUCCUCCAGCUUGACACAAGCCUUCAGGAAAAAGUUCUCCAUCAAAGAGAAGGAUGAGGAACCCUUUGGAGAAAGGGCGAACGGAAAGAAAGCUGUGUCCCCCUUAUAAGGGGAUUAGACCUUCCCUUAGGAUCUCAGGUGGCCAGUGGAGAUCUUGGAAGCCUUCCAGAAGACACGACAGAGGAU